AAUGAAGAUAAUAAUAUUGAUAACAGUAGCGAUACCUCUUCAACUGAGAAAAAUGAUGAAUCAUCGGCUGAAAAUUCUAAUAAGCCAAAAUUUCAACAACCUCCCGAAAAUGUUUCGGAAACUAACAAUGAAGAUGAUAAUAUUGAUAACAGUAGAGAUACUUCUUCAACUGAGUUAAAUGAUGAAUCAUCGGCUGAAAAUCCUAAUAAGCCAAAAUUUCAACAAUCUCCCGAAAAUGUUUCGGAAACUAAUAAUGAAGAUAAUAAUAUUGAUAACAGUAGAGACACCUCUUCAGCUG